AUGUCAUCCUCAUCAAUCCCAUCACUAAUCUCAUCCUCACUCCUAAGAAAAACAACCCCCAUCACCAAACCUCUCUACACCACAAACUCAAACUCUAGAAAACCUCUCCCCAUCAUCAACACCAUCACCAUGUCGAGUCUUUCCUCAAAUAAUGACAACAACACACCCGACUACCCGGGAAAAGCCCCACCCGAAAUUCCAAUCAUACCCAAAACCGAACCUCCUUCAGUUCCUAAAGAGAAUCCAACCAUUCCUACCCGUGAACCCGAAAUAGACCUGGAUGUGCCACCCGAGAUAGUUACUAAUCCUCCUGAGUUCAUACCGUUUCCGAAUCCGAAACCGAAACCGGAAGGUCCUAAACCUCCACUAUCUCCUCCGGGACAAGAUACGCCGUUCCCAAUACCUGAUGUUGUGCCGCCUCAGCCACCUGAUGUUGUUCCCCCGCGUCCUCCUGGACCGGAUAUCGUUCCGCCGCCAUGUAUUCCGCCGCCACCAACCGGACCAACUAUGAUAUAA